AGUGAAAAAACAAACAAACCCAUUCACACACACACAUUGAAAACUCAAAAAAGUUCACAUUUACUGUUAUUAUCAAUAUCACCCGUACAGUGUAUCAUCUUACCCAAAGGAGCUGCAUUGUUAUUUGAGCCCCCUCGACGCCACCGCAGUUUUGCCCUCUCUUUUGUUUACUUGAGGAGCUGCCCUUCCCUUCUUCUCAGUCAGGCGAUCACCGUAAACAGGCACAAAGCCAUUAAAUAUCACACAAACAUUUUCUUUCUGUUUUUACCUCAAUCCAAUAGGUGUGUGAGCGGGUGGCCCUCUUCAACUACAUUUUCCCUUUUCGGUAGCUGAAUUUGCUACCCUUUUCUCCUUCCCCCCUUUUUUUUGAAAGCUACAACGUCUGUUGUGCAACACCCCAAGACAAAACGAAAAACAUGGAGGAUCUUUUUGACCAGGUCGCGAGGGGCUCUCCCAUGCAGCAGCUGAACCUGAAAGGUACCGACACCCCUGAAUACACGAUUCUGUGCGUACAGGCGCCGACCCCAGCGCAGCGUGUGACUCUUUUACAGCACCGUCUGCAAACCUCCACGGAGAGCAGUGCGGGGCAGAACGCCAGUCUGCUGCUGAAGGCGUGCAUCAGCACUCAACUCUCUCCGGAUGACGUGGAGGAGAUGGUGGAAAACCUCGUGUUGAUUGCUCAGCAGCACGGCAACUGGCCGCAGUUCAUCCGCUGGGUGUGCGCCAUCAUCCACUACUACUGCACCGAUGACUUCACCCUGUCUCUCUUUUCGGAGUUUGGGGUGCCGAAAGUGGCGGUGGAGGCGCUGCGCCGCUACCCCAACGACCGCAAGACGGUUCUGGCCGCCUGCACGCUGCUCGCGCACUUCAACCUGUACGACAUGGGGGACGGCAUCACGCAGCUGGCGAACGUGCUGCAGGUUCACUGCACGGACGCGACGAUUGUGCGGGUGGCCACACGCGCGCUGGCAGAGUUCACAUCGUACUUUAAGGAUAUCCCGGAUCGUUUCCUGCAGGAAAGCCAGGAGUUUAUUGACGCGAAGGGUGUCGCCGCGCUGGAGGGCGUCCUCCACGAGCACAUCAGCGACGAGGAGAUCACGACGUACACGGCACGCAUCAUGGCCAACAUAACCAGCUCCGGGGCAUCGAACAUGGUCGACGCGGAUUCACCCGCCAUGAUGUACCUCGCCGAUGCACUGGCGCGCUACCAGCAGUCGGAGAUGCUGUGUGUACACGUGCUGCGCGUCUUUAGCAACCUGCCGCGGUCUCAGUUUAUCGACUGGGAUUGUGUGUCGUCGCUGUUCGGCAACACCAAGUCUGAGCUGGUGGUCUUGGAGUGCAUCCACUUCCUCUGCAGCGUUGCUAUCAACGUGAAGGAGAUGAAGACGCGCAUCUACUCCACCGGGUGCGUGCCGCGUGUGCUGGAGAUGAUGCGCACCUACCAAAGCAACGCCGCCAUUCAGGAAGAGGUGUGCAGCUUGCUGUCGUACCUCUCCUUCGACUCGGAAACCAUCACGGCAAGCAUCACCGAGUCGGGCGGGCUGCUGCUCGUGUUGAACGCCAUGCGUAAGUUCUCCGGCAACGAGGAUCUCCUCAUGUCCGCCUGUGCUGCGCUCUCGGGGUUGACCUUCAACAAUCAGACUGGCCAGCAAGUCAUUGUCGACAACGGCGGCGUCGCGCUCAUUUUGGACGCCAUGCGGCACGGCAAGAAGGCGCGGCUGCAGGAGAACGGGUGUCUCGCCAUUGGCACCAUGUGCUGGAACAGCGAUCUGAAGGCAGACGUCGUGCGACUGGGUGGCGUGCAUGUGAUUAUGAAGGCGCUGGAGGAGCACUACACCAGCUCUGGAUUGGUGAAGAACGCGUGCCGGGCGUUGGCCCAGGUCGCCUUCAAUUGCGAGCGCUACCGGGACGAGAUGAGCGCCAAGGGCGUCAUCCCGCUUAUCAUCCGCGGUAUGGAGCAGCACCCGAACUACGACCGCGCGCAGAUGCACGGCUGCGUCGCGCUCUCCUACCUAUCCUGGACGAAUGAGGACAACGCGGCGCAGAUCACGGCGAACCACGGCUACAAGGUUGUGGUCGAUGCGAUGCGCAACCACCCGAACAACCACGAAGUGCAGGAGCACGCGUGCCGCGCACUGGCCAACAUCAGCAACGUCUCCUUGUACGACUCUGCCGCAGCGCUAGAGCAGAUCAUCGCCGCGAUGCGUCGCCACGAAAGCGUGAGUGAGGUGCAGGAGGAAGCGUGCCGCGCGAUAGUGACGUUGUCGCUGGUGUCGCCGACAAACAAGGAUCGUCUCUAUCAACUGAACGGUGCCGACGCCGUGAUUGCGGCGAUGAAGCGCUUUCCGCACAUUCAGCUCGUGCAGCAGGAGGCGUGCAACGCGCUGGCCCACCUCGCCUAUGAGCAUGCGGAUCUGAACCGUGCCGUUACCCGACUCGGUGGCGUGUCGCUUCUCCUGACCGCCAUGCGCACACACAAGUCAAGUCCUAAAGUGCAACUCAACGCGUGCGGCGGGCUCAGCGCGCUGGCCUUCGACAACACCGUGGCACAGCAGCAGAUCUUUGAGCUGGGCGGCGUGCAGUGCGUCAUCCACGCCAUGGACAACUUUGAGCGGCUCCGCAUGCUGGAGUUGGGGUGCUCCGUGCUGGGGACGCUGGCGUGGAAUACGGAGAUUAAGGAGCGGGUCGCCGUGGACGCCAUUCCCGAGAUACUGAAAGCGAUGCGAACGCAUAGCAACAACGCCCUGCUGCAGAAAUCGACCUGCCGCGCCAUCUCACAGUUUGCUUUCAACUCGGAGAACAACCGCCAGCUGCUCGCGGACGCCGGCGCUAUUCCGCUGAUUGUGAACGCCAUGCGCAUGCACUUGUCGACGGAGAAGCUGAUCGUGCACGCCCUCAAGGCCCUCACUUACCUGUGUUGGGAGAACGCGCAGGUUGCGGAGACGAUUAUCAACGAGCACGUCGAGGAGGUGCUGCAGCGCAUUGUCGAGCACUACGAGCAGACCCACCGCGUCUUCAACGAGGCGGUGCAUCUGUCGAAGAUUCUUUUCCGCAAGACGACCGGCAGCCCGAGCCCGAGUCUGCGGAUUGUGUCGCCGCCUCUCGUCUCGCCGAUGCCAAUCCAACAGACACCCGGGCCGCGCUACGACAACCCCGCCCCGCCCAGCCCACCCCAGCAGGACGAUCCGAAAGAGCACUUCUACUCCGCCCCGCCGGACGGGCCGACGGAGGACCAAUACCGCGAGCGCGGACAACAGCAUCAGCAGCAGCAACAGCGCCAGCAGCAGCAGAACCCGCGCGACUUUUCGAAUGCGGACGAGUACAGAGGACCGAGAGGCGGGCGCGGGGGCGGCGGCGGCGGUCGUGGCCGGGGUGCCAUGCGACGUCGCGGCGGCGGCCCUCCUCCGCCCCGUUGUGAGCGCGGUGGUCGGCGCGGCGGGGAUGGCAGCCUGGACAACGGCAGCGGCUCCCUUGUCAGCGGCAGAGGGGGACGCGGCGGCGUGAAUGGCGGCGUGGUGGAGUACCACGAUGAGGCGAUGCAGGAGGCACUGGAGGCCCGCUUCGGACCGCGUCCCGGCGGUCGCGGGCGUGGAAGUGGUGGUGGUGGUGGCGGAGGCAGCAGCAGCGCCCAUCACCGCGACGCCGCGGAUCUCUGGGACGACCCCGACCCGGAGACUUUCCACGGCAACCGCCAGCUAGGGCAGAUGAACUGGCAGCAGGCGGAGAUGACCUCUGCGAUGCAAGGAGACGCAGGCCCCAACGACGCGCUCGAACCGCCCACUCACGGACGACCAGAUACGCUGUGGCAGCGUGGCAGAGGUGGGCGUGGGCGAGGUCAGCACUACCGCGGGAGUGGUGGUGGUGGUGGUGGCGGUCGAGGCCGCGGGGUGCCUGCAAAUCGGUGA